AUGAGUGCAUUAAUUCUGGAAGUUGCACUUGGCAUCUUGUUGGUUCUUGUUGUUUCUGCAAUUUUGGCAACAGAAGCCCAAAUAUCAGAAAGUUCUUCACGAACUACAGUUCUCACUGUGCUCAGAUUUAUGUUUUCAGAGAUGUUGUUUAUGUUUUCUUCUACUCACGUUCAUUUGGAAAAUGAAGACUUGUCAACUCCAGUAGAUGACUAUAUGACAGAAGACAUAUCUUUUGACCCAUUCAAACCAAGAACCUAUAAAGCCUCCUGUAAUUUUAAGGCUGGUGAUGAAGGACAUAUAUACAAUGAUAAUAUCUUUACUGAGAAUACCUUCACUACUUCACAAUUGUUGAGUAUUGAGCUGUAUGAUAUUGUCACUUCAUUCAAUGAUCAUGAUAAACUUUCAAAAGAGUAUUCUCCAGAAAUACUUCGGGCUGGACCUGUAAAUACCUUACUAAAGAACAAAGCAGCAAUAAAGCCUCACGCAUAUGACAUAUGCGUGAAUGCCUGUAAGUUGUAUAAUAAUACCCAAAACAAAGAAGAAUGCCCUCACUGUGACAGUAAGAGGUUCAUGGAGGCCACAGAUGAUACCCUUGCCCAUUUGGUCCUGGUGAAGACAAUGAAGAUGAUGUCACUAGGCAAUCAACUGGCUAGACUCCUCAGCAACAGUGACACAAGGAAGAAACUCCAUUACAGAGCAAACAGACAACUUAUAUCUAGUGAUUUGUCUGAUUACUUUGAUGGAGAAGAGUAUAGAGCCCUCAAAACCCAACACCUUUUCCAGUCUCCUGACAAUGUUGCUGUUGCCUUGUUCUUAGAUGGUUUUGUAAACCAGAAAAAAUCAAAACAGCAAUUGACAAUUGUACAUGCCAUGAUUUUAAAUUACGAUCCAUUGAUAAGAUAUAUCAAUGAAUACCUUAUUCAACUUGUCAUUAUACCCAGAAAGUCUGUAGAUCUUGAUUCUUUCUUAUUAUCCAUAAUAGCUGAAGUCAUUAGCUUAGGCAAAUAUGAACUGAUUAUAAAAAAAUUUGACGGUGAAAGGAUUGCAGCAAAAGUCCACAUUGUAAUGGCAUCUGGAGACAUUCCUCAAGUUACAAAGUAUUGUCAUCAUAAAGAUCAUAAUUACAGAUAUGGAUGUUACAUAUGUGAAGUAUUAGGUGAAGCCCCCUUAAGAGGUAGAGACAUGUACUUUAAAAACUGUUGUGCUCCUCUAAGGCCAAUGAUUGACUUUGUUAAUGGCAACCCUAAUACUAGCAUUCAAGAGUCCAACAUCUUUGCUCAGCUCCCUACCUUUACUGGGUCUUCAUUCUACAGCCUGGAUGAGAUGCAUUUAAUUGGUCAUGGUGUGAGAGCAAUCAAUUAUAUUGAUUUUUUAUUAUAUGCAAUCCCUACUCUCCUUGUACCUCUUUUCUCAAAAGCUGCUACUCGAAAAGCACUUCUCGCUUUGAGCUUGAAUGAGGAGCUAAUUGUUGAAAUGGAAAAUCACUUUAGCAUUUGGCACCAGUUUUUGCAAGUCGAGAUCAGCAAAAACAGCUUGUCCAUAAGUGUAUUUUCUCUAGUAAACCACUACUUGACUCACAUUGGUUAUAUAACAAGAAAAAUGAGGAAUCUCAGGGUCUAUAACACUAGAUCCAUGGAGAGAACGAUUGGGAGAUACUCAAAACUGAUCAAAAGUAGAGUAUUCUCUGGUGAAUAUGCUGGGAACUUGGUCGAAAGACUUGCAAUACGUGGUUAUCUGAAUUGUGCAUUCAACAUAGAACAACAGCUGAACCUUAUAAAGCCAUAUCGAACAUCACUCGACGAUUACCUGAAACUUCCUCUCCCUUCACCACACGAACAAAACCACCGGCUAUGGAGUCUAUUUGAAUCAAUACCCUAUAUAAAAGAAUUCACCAAUUUACUCACGUUUACCAAGGAACUACAAACCUAUUAUACCAAAUCUAAUUCCCAUCAAACUGACCCACAAUAUACUAUGAAUACAAUCGAAAUUGCAGCUUGUGCUUUAAUUGGUAGCCAUGUCUAUGGCUCUGAAAUGUAUAGAAGAAAAAGAUCUGAAUUCCGUCGAGGCAACCACUACAUACAAUUCCAUGCCAUAUACCAAAACUGCAGGCAGUUUCUUGUGUUGGUAAGUGUUAUGAAUGAUCACUCGGCCAUGGACUAUGACUAUUUCAUUCCAGUCGGAACUCUAGAGACAGCCUCUAUAUAUCAAAGAUUAGUAGUCAUCAGUCUUAAUGAUAUCCAAAACCAAGUUGGUUUAGUCCAAACUGCUGUGGACUCAACCAAAUAUAAAGUUGUCACACCAUACUAUAUAUUUAAUGAAGACAUGAAAAGUACUGCUGGAAAAUUGAGAUAUAUCAAACUGUAA